ACUCGCGUAUUCUAUGGGCGGGGCUUUGGCCAGCUGGCAGAUGUUUCCCGCGCGGGGCCGCGUCAUUCCUCUAGCGUAAACCUACGCGACGCGCAAAUAGUCCCGCGCCGUGGCGCCGUAUAUUUCCCGCGAUAGGCCGGCCGUAGGGGGCCACCUACGUGCGUAAACGCGCGGAUUCACGCGUGCCACCGAACGAUCCGCGACGGCAACGAUCCACCGAGAAAGCCGGAUUCGCGAGCCGGAUAGCGAGGAUGAGCUGACGAGGGAUUGGUCUGAAGUGAGUCGCCGCUCAGGGCAGAGCGAAGUGCGCGACUUCCCCCCUGUCCGUCGAGCGCGAGCCGCCGCGAUUGUACGAACGAGCGCGACCGGCGAGGACGCGAUACGUCCAGGUGGCUCUCCACCACUAGGUGAGAUUCUCUGCGAACGUUAUCCGCUGCGCGCGCUUCCUGCCGCCCCGGUAUUUCGUCGACCGUACGACCGUAACGUCGUACGCGGUUCAUACGUCAUCACGGACUUGCCGCGCGCGCGAGCUAUCGUCGAUGUGCGUCGAACGCGCGCGAGAGUAUUCGCGCGCGUGAUGAUUUGCCGGCGUAUGAGCGUAGCGUGAUACGCGGAAAGUCGCUCUGCAUUCCCGUGUCUUAAUCAGGUCGAGAAGAAAACACACCUGCGAAACGCGUGUGCGAGCACGAGGAACUGAAUAUUUCCAUUACAUUAAGCUGAAACAUCGAUCAGGACGAGCGAGUAAUCACGUGAACGCGGCCGAUUGUCUCGCAUAGUGCACUUCACGCGAGUGCGACUUGAAGGAGUUCCCGUGAGUCGUCUUCGUUGUGACAUUCAUCGAAAAAGUGCACGUACAGAUUCAUUGAUGGUCGAUCUGUUCUCGUGAGUGUGGCGCGUUUCGUGAGUGAGACGUAAAAGUAUCGGCACCGCCAGAAGUGAAGGGGACCCGUGUGCGAGUCACAUAGUGACGUUCCUGACGCCGGGCGGCGGAGUGAUCCACGGCGCGCCGUGGGGGCCCUCAGCUGUUUCCCGCCAAAGAUCGCCAUUACAAAACGCGUUCGGGCGUUGUGUGUGCGCGCCGCGCGGAGCGUGUGGCUGUCCUGUGGACGAAUCUUCCGUGCAUGUCGCCGGUGUCUGCCUGAGAAGAGGAAAACGGGGUCAUCGCGAGACACGGCGUGAGCCGGAAGUGGCGAGUAUCGCAUAUAUACGUAUAUCGUGCCGCGAGCGGAGACGUGUUUGAUAAAACGCGCGUUGUUUGUCCCCCUCCUCCGCCCUGUGGAGUGGAGUGCGCGGUUGGGCGAGUGAAGGAGCGUACGAACGAACGGACGGACGGACGAACGGACGAACGAACGAACGAACGAACGGACAACCGGGCGAGAAGGAAAGCAGAAAAGAAAGAGUGUACGAAGAAAGAGUGUGAGCGAUAACGAAAAAGAUAUCGAGAGGAGGCAGCGGGAUCCGUCGUCGUCUUUUCGCAGCCGCGACGACGGCUGUCAGGAACGUGAAACUCACUCGGCGGGGACUCUCGGUGCCGCGGACUGACGAGAUAUGUCAGUGUUUGGUAGUGACGAUCGGAUUUUGCUCGAGGAAAUCGUCGAGUCGACUGACCAACCGGAAGCUGACCUGUGCGGGAGCGUCGAGACGGUGGACGACGGCUCGGUGACCACGAGUGUGACGGUCACCGAAGUCGCUGAUACUCCAGAACGGCAACCGCAGCAAAGGCAGCAACUGCCGCAAUCAAAAGGUAACGUCGGAUCUGGUCGGCGGGUUGCUAGUCAGAACGUUGCGUUGAGCAACGGCAACGGUAUCAGCAACGUCGGCCGUGUCACGUCGCGCAGCCACAUGGAGCAGGAGAAGCGAAUGCGGCGAGAAAUCGCCAACAGCAAUGAACGACGUCGUAUGCAGAGCAUCAACGCUGGAUUCCAGUCGCUGAGACAAUUGCUGCCGCAUCACGAAGGCGAGAAGCUGUCCAAGGUAAGUCGUGUAUGGCUUUAUAUUGACCUCCGACUGGAGUCGUGCGCAUUUCAUUCAUUUAUAUAUUUCGUACGAUAAACCCAUCAUUUGUCUUUUGUCUGCGGAUGACAUUUAAUCCAGUAUCCGAAUGACAUUUCGUUCAACGGGAGGGGGAGGAUAACUGCAAUCCUGAUCCUGGGACUGAUGCGUGGGGCAGAACGGUGCUGUCGUCGCAACGCGGCGGCCAGCCGCAGCGCGGUUUCCGAUCGACGGAUAGACGAAUAAGCCGGGAACGGACUGACAAUGGUAGCAGACGCAUAGCUACAUAGUCAGACAGUGAGUGCGGCGCUAUUUUCAGUCUGCAGUCGUCGCGCGCCAGCGCGGUCUCAACUUUGCUUAAUCUCAACUCUUAACUUGACACAUCCCGGUAGACGGACCUCUGAGAAGACGUACUUAUGCUGACAAAAUAAAAGACAAAUUUGAAAAUUUUAGAGCUUUGUUCCUGUAUGUUUCCAAUCGGUUUGCGAUUGUCAGGAAUCUGCGAAAUUACGAAAUUUUCUUGCGCAUAUACCAAAAUAAGAUAUCAUAGUUUUCUGAGAGUUUGAAACUGGUUUGACUGUGUUGUAGAACAAAUUCUUAAUUUAAUUUUGGAAUAGAU